AUGGCCUCUCCCCGCGCAGGUAAUGCCCCCCCCGGUGUGGAUCCGGAGGCCUUCUCCUGGUUCCAGGCGGUCGAUGCGGAUCGCAGCGGGUACAUCUCCGUGAAGGAGCUGAAGCAGGCGCUGGUCAACUCCAACUGGUCAACGUUCAACGAUGAGACCUGCCUGCUGAUGAUCAACAUGUUCGAUAAGACCAGGUCAGGACGCAUAGACGUGUACGGCUUCUCAGCCUUGCUGCGCUUCAUCCAGCAGUGGAAGAACCUUUUCCAGCAGUAUGACCGGGACCAGUCAGGCUCCAUCAGCUUCAACGAACUCCAGCAAGCUUUCUCCCAGAUGGGCUAUAACCUGAGCCCCCAGUUUAGCCAGCUGCUGCUGGCCCGCUAUGCCCCGCGAUCCUCCAACCCCAGCAUCCAGCUCGACCGCUUCAUCCAGAUCUGCAUGCAGCUGCAGAGCACGACCGACGCCUUCCGCGAGAAGGACACGGGGCUGGUGGGCAACGUGCGGCUGAGCUAUGAGGACUUCCUCACCAUGGUGGUGACUCGCAUGAUGUGACGAGGGCUGCGAGCCGGCCGGGGACUCUCCAGGAGCAGCAGCCAUCCUCAUCCUCACGCUGGGCUGUGGGUGAACCCCUCCAAAGAGCAAGCUGCUUCCCCCGGGCCGGUUUUCCAGCCUGCUCCACCUGAGGAGCACUGGGACCCUCCCGAUGUCGAUCCCUCAUCCCCACUCGGUGGCAGUGGGUGCCUCUACGCCAAAUUGGAGCCUGGUUCUGGGGCCAUGCCGCGGAGUGGGGCAGCCAAACCAGUAACCUGUGCCACGUCGCCCUGGGAGUGCUUAGAUUUUUUCCUUUGCCCGACACAAAAAUGUGCUUAAACAUCCCCCCCCUCCAUGCUGUUGCUCUGCGUGGGAGAACAUCUGCGGUGGAACGUCCCUGUCUCGGCAUGUUUUUGGGGACUCUGUUUAAAAAGCAGCGGGAAGGGCACAAGUGGUGCCAGAGCUUGUCCUUGUGUCACCAACAGCCCUUCCUUGCCAGGACCACCUUGGCUUUCUGGGGGCUCUGAGCCCCGUUUCUCUCCGGGCUGCUGGAUGUCGCUGCUGUCACACGCAGGAUCAUCGACACCCCCCAGUUGUUGCCAACAUCUGUUUUGAUUCGUCUGCCCGAGCCAAACUCGGAAACGGUUUAGAGCUUAUUUUUACAGCUUUUGAAUAAAAGGCAACGUGCACUGGUCGCUGAGUGGUUUGUGCCUGCUGCGUG